AUCUCAUCCCUGCAUCUUCACACAACUGAACUCACUGGCCGGAGCUUCAAAAAUUUAACCUUACCUAUGGACGUUCUUCUUCCCUGCACUUCCUUCCAUUCCGUUAAUCUAAAGCCGGAAUCCUUCCGGAAGUUCCUCUCGACAAAUCGGAACCGUCGAUUUUCCGACAUCUUGAAAUGUCGCCGGAAAACCACCUCAACUGAGCUCCAGGCAGCUGUCGACGUCGCCGCCCGGACUGACGACGGUUCUCCUUCAAUUCCGACUCAUAAGGUCACCGUUCACGAUAGAGAGAGAGGCGUUGUUCAUGAGUUCGUUGUUCCUGAGGAUCAGUACAUAUUGCACACUGCCGAAGCUCAGAGCAUAUCUCUUCCAUUUGCUUGCAGGCACGGUUGUUGCACUAGUUGUGCUGUUCGAAUUAAAUCAGGCGAAAUUAGACAGCCAGAAGCCCUUGGGAUAUCUGCUGAGUUGAAAUCAAAGGGGUAUGCACUUCUUUGCGUAGGUUUUCCAACCUCAGAUGUUGAAGUAGAAACUCAAGACGAGGAUGAGGUAUAUUGGCUUCAAUUUGGAAGAUAUUUUGCUCGGGGACCAAUUGAGAGAGAUGACUAUGCUCUAGAGUUGGCCAUGGCUGACGAGUAAACUAAGGAUCCUAGAACAUCUAUGGACUGAGAAAUGAAAGUCUUUGUUUAGUCCUCUCAUUGUAAACUCAAAACUACUAUGCCCCUUUGGUAAUGAUUUCUGCUCAAUUUGGUAACCAUGUAAUUUUUGAAAA